AAUUAACAUUAUUAAAAUGUGUAAUAUUGAAACAAAACAAGAAAUGUUUCCACAGUGAUGGUAGAAAACUUUUUUUCCCACUUAUUUAAAGAGAAAUAAUUUAAGAGUGCUUAAAAGGACAUGUUUUUAAGGUGCUCAGCUCUGAUUUUGCACUUUAAUGAAGGGGCUAGGUUUUCAAACAAUAGAUGUUGAACGCUUAAGAAAACUGGAAUAAUUUGUUUAGGUGCUCAGUUGAAAGCCACUGAAUACUGAUUUUUUUUUUUUUUUUUUUAAAUCUGAACAUGAAUGUGUUGAUGGAGCAUGGAAAACUAGAAACCAUUUGUAUCUUUCAUCUUGUGAUCUAGGAGUAAUAGAAAUUGAUGUUUAUAAGACAUUUCAUGUAUCUUGAUAUUUAUAUCCUGGCCAGAGAGGUUAGUACUAUUUCGUACUUCAGUUGAGGAAAGAUUAUUUUGCAGAAGAAGAAGCUUUAUGCCAAAAUAGUGGGGGUUUUUAUGUGGGAAUGCAAAUCUUUUGUAUCAAGUAAGUGUAGUUUCAAAGCAUUAAACUAUUCAGGAAACUAUGCUGUUGGUUUUUUUUUUUUUGACAGAUGGCGGAGUUUGACACCAGUUGGACAGCCCAUACCAGGAACUAGAUUUAUUGCAUUCAAAGUGCCUUUAAAAGGGGCAAUUAACCAGAGACUUACACCAACCCAGAAAUUUACGCCAAAAGAUCUUAUUGCUGGAAUGAAAGCCCUAAAUGUGGAACUUGGAUUAAUUAUCGACUUAACGUAUACCACACGAUACUAUGAAGUUAAGGAUUUACCUAAAAGUGUGCAGUAUAAGAAACUUUAUACUGUUGGACUUGAAGUCCCCGAUAAUGCUACUAUUCUGCAAUUCAAAAAAUGGGUCAGAAAGUUUCUAUGGGAAAAUGCAGGAAAUGAUAAACUCAUUGGAGUUCAUUGUACUAAUGGAAUUAAUAGAACUGGAUACCUCAUAUGUAGAUACCUUAUUGAUGUUGAAGGUUGGGAUCCAGAGACGGCAAUUCAAGCUUUUGGUGAAGCUCGAGGCCAUCGUAUGGAUGGUCUUGUAUAUCUUGCAGAUCUCAGAACUCAACCUAUGAGAAGUAACCUUGGAAUGGAUGUAUGGGAUUCUGAUGAUGAUAUUAUGCCCCCACCAAUUGUGAUGGAAGGACCUGUAGAUAGGUUUCCAAAUGAAGAUUUCCAUGGACCUGGGAAAAGAUUACGAAUUUAUGAUGACCACUCUCAUGAUGAUUUGCAAGGGCAGUUGCAGUUGAGAGAUUUUGAUUUCAUUAACAAAGGACCUGGACAAAGACGAAGACCAUUUCCUGAUCACCAGUCUCAGGAUGAUUUACGAGCCCCGAUGCAAAUGAGAAAUUGGGACUACAACAGGGGACCUGGGCAAAGGAUAAGACCUUUUCCUGACCACCAAUUUUAUGAUGAUUAUCCGGAAGAAAUGCAGCUGAAGGAUUUAGAUUUCUGUAACAAGGGACCUGGACAACGACUGAGACCUUUUCAUGGCCACCAGUCUUAUGAUGACCUGCAGGCAGACAGGCAGUCAAGAGACUUUGAAUUUAAUAGGGGCCAUGGACAAAGGCAAAGAACCUUUCCUGACCACGCCUCUCACAGUGACUUACAAGGAGACAUGCAGCCAAAAGACUUUGAUUUUGUCAACAGGGGUCGUGGCCAGAGGCAAAGGCCUUUCCAUGACCAUCAGUCACAUGAUGAGUUUCAACCACAGAUGCAACUGAAAGAUUUAGAUUUCAUCAACAAGGGGCCUGGUCAGAGAUUGAGACCUUUUCGUGAGUACGAAUCACGUGAUGAUUUACAACCACAGAUGCAGCUGGGAGACUUUGAAUUUGUUAACAGGGUUCAUGGGCAAAGACUGAGACCUUUUCAUGAUCACCAGCCUUGCAGUGACUUGCAGAAGGAAAUGCAGUUAAAAGAUUAUGAUAAUAAAGGGCCUGGACAAAGAUACCGACCAUUUCAUGAUCAUCAGCCAUAUGAUGAUCUACAAGAGCAGCAGCAGUUGAACAAUUUUGAUUACACUAAUAAGGGACAUGGACAAAGGUUACAUCCUUUUCAUGACCGUCCAUCCCAUAAUGACUUGCCACAUGAAUGGUGUUCAGACAGAAAUCAAGCUUUUUCAUCCUAUGAAAAUGUACAAGAACCUCAUUUUUCUUCUUCUCCUGCACGUCACAGAGAUUAUGGAUCUGAUAAUGAUGAUUUCAGUAGAUGUUACAGUAAUAGGCCUACCUGUCCUGAAGACAGUAGGAGAAUACAUCCUUCAGAAGAAUUUAACAGAGGGGGGAAAAAUCGAUUUGCACCAUAUUCGUCACGCACAAUGAAUCCUUCCUCAUCCAUACACCAGAAAGAUACUUCAACAGACUACGAAAGAAAACCUUUUCAUGGUGAAACUACCAGAGAAAUGGAGCAAGGCAAAAGAUUACCUGUUGUAACAGUUGAUUACAAUUAUGGUUUGCCAUUAGAUUAUGGACCUGAAGAGGAGGAAGGAAUGCAUUAUGAUUUACCUUCAAGAGAUCGCUACAACUGGAACUGAAUAAGAAGACAAUAUUUGUUCUGCAUAAACUCAUAUGUACCCACUUCCCUUUUUGUGGACCAAUUUUUUUUUCUUUUACAAAUUAGAAAAAUACAAAUUUCCAUGUUAAAGAAAACUUGUCUUUAUUAUAAGACUAGUUUCUGCUGAUGUGUUUUGAGUCUUUAUAUUUACAAAAUAGUGUGUAUUUGUUAAAGUAUAUUUGGAGACCAGUUCCUCUAUACACAAAAAAACAGUCCUUGCUUUUAGUGAAAUUGGAACCUCAUCACCUAAAACAGACACCUCUGACUGAAUAGUAGUGGUUGUAUCUUUUGUUUUAACUUUCUUAAAAUGUACAUAAUUUCAAGAUGCAAAACUUGUAAUAAAAGCUAAAAAAACUGCACCAUCAGCUAAAAUAGAAGUUGAGGUUAUAGGAAAAAAAACCAUGAAAAUAAAUAAAACAGAAAGCAAUUUCAA